AAAGUUUUACUUACAAAAAGAAAAGUUUUUGAUAUUUACAACAAUAUCGCUGUUUUUAGCAGGUUUGAGCAUGUUAACGUAACAUAACCUAUUUUAAUACAUAACCAUACAUUGUAUAGUUAACAUAACUUUAAAUAUUCCGAGAGCAACCUGUAUAUUUGUAUAAUAAUUGCAAAUAACGAUGAGCAAAUCUAUCGAUUACUAUAAAUUAGCAUCACAAUCAACGCCAUUGUUGUAGUUAACAAAUAUUGCAUAUCAAACCACUACUAGAAUGACCGCACAAUUGCCGCAGAGUUUUGCAUAUCACUAAAAUUUUGUACCAGCACGCUCGCUGAAAUAUAAUUCAAAAUGAUCAUCAGCGCGAUGAAAAGUUUCCAACGCAUUGUCAAAUAAUUCGCGGCGCACAUCAAUCGCUGGAAAUCGCUCGGGUGGAAACUCGAAAUGAUUCAACGAAAUUCAAUCCUUGACCACAUCAGCAAACACCAGUUUUAGUGUGUUUUGGUGUUGGCGCGCAGUGAUGCACGUGUCAUCAUUGUUGCAACACCUUGGUACUUGCUUGUUCUAAAUAUCAUGUCUCGGCGUGUUCAACACUGUUCAGUUUUCCGGUGCAUUAUGCUCAAGGUGCAUUGUGGUGAUUGUUGCAUUGCGGCAUUGUUUCUCGAAAGUGUGACAGCGGACAGCAUUCAAUCUAGAAUCCAGAAUAUUAUGAUUAUUUAGAAACUUGUUGUUCGAAAAGUGCUCGCGAAAUUAAAAAUGAAGAUUUAAAGCGAUGUAGAUACAUUGUUUUAAUUUUGCUAAGUGAUGGGGAGAUGAAAAGUGGAAUGCAGAAACAAAACCGCGAAAGUUGUAAAUUAUUAUCUGGGAACGUAAAAAAAGUUUUGCUCUCAGACGCUGAAACUGCAAGUUUCAUAGUUCUUAUCAUUAUAUAAAGUGGGAGGAAAUAAUAGGAAUGCAAAAGAUACAUUGAAGAUCAUUUUUUUUGCAAAUAUGAAAGAAUGGUGAUGAAAAGCUUAAAAAUUUGUGAAAAUUGAAAGAAAAAAGUCCCUGAUUUUUAACACAAUCAUUUUUUAAUGAAUUUUUCUACUUCCACCUUUAAAGCGUCAGUUUUUUCACGGUUUUUAGACACAAAAAGUGGUACUUUAAUCAUGAUCGACCAAGGCCGUGACUAAAGGACUUUAUUCACCAUCUGUAUUCGGUAAUUUAAAACAUUUAUUAAUUUAUCAAACAAAGAAAAUGUUUAUAUCUCUCCCCAUCGGUUAAAACUGAUAACUUAUUGAUAGAAGUACCAGAAAAAACACUUUAGUGUAAACCACUCCAAAGUGAACGAGAAAAUCUUGAUCUCCUCACGUCUAAAACAAUUCCUCGCUUGCUUUCUAUCUGCAUUUUAAUUCCAGAGGGGUUUAGGUGUUCUGGUUUCGUCUCGUUUCGUUGUGAAAAUCCGAUUUGAAUCAGAUACACUUCAAGUGGCUUUCACUUAGUUGUAGUCAGUUAACGCGCCUCGCAAGAAUCACGCGAUUUGCAUGCGGUUUUUCUCCCUCUUCCACACCACAAUCGUCACACAGCCGCCGUCACUGCCGCCACCGCAACCGCCUGCGGCGCGUAUUCUUUCCUUCAUAAUUCCUAUAUUGACGCGAUGUCGCGCCUCGCGUUCCAAUUUGACGGAAUAAGUGCUAUGUAAACUUUUAAUGCAGACGAGGACUAGCAGGAUGAGCAGGAUGAGUAUCUCUGCAACUCGGCGGCGGCGGCAGCUCAUUGUUAUACGUAUUAAAAGGAAUGCUAAAAUGAUAUAAAACCAGCCGUUGCCAAGCGCUCGACUCAAAGCACUUCAUCGCUUUAUGUAAAUUACGCCGCGCGAAUUCACGCCGAGAAAUAUUCGCAGGCACACCGAACGAGAGAACGAGAAUUUGAGGAGCAAACGAGUAAAAAACGGAAAAUGAAAAGAAACUCCUCCAACACUUCUCAAGAUAUAAAUGCAACAAUUUGCUUAAAUUGUACGAAAUGAUUCAAAGAAGCAAAAAAAAACUGAGCAAAUCUACGAAUUAAAAACUUUCCAACAAGUUUUUUGCCACAAAUUCCGAAAUCUAAAUAUUUUCGUUUCAUUAAUUAAAUCAAAUUGUAAUUUCGCGCACGUUUCUGGAAUCUCCGGAUUUCUCACGCAAUCUCGAAAUGGAUUUAUUCUAUUUCCGCUCGCCUGACGGCGUCUAAGACUAAUUAAAUCAUCUUUAGAUGUUUGCAAUGUCUUCCAACUUCCAAUGUCUUGCUCGACCGCGGAAAGGGUUGAAACUGCUUGGUGGGCUUGGCGAGGGGGUGAGCGUUGUGCCCACAGCGGUGGAUUUGACGAGCCGGACUAAUAACUCAUGAUUAUUAUACAAUACUCUUCCGAAUACCGACCCUUCAGCGUGGGGAUGAAAUUGCUCUUGAUUUAUCAUCUCUGGAACAUACCUACUACCAAGAAUUAGGAACACGGACUAUUAUAUUAGAAUGGCGUCUACAAAUGAAGAGAUACCACCUCCCACAAAACCUCGCAUUUCUCCGCUGGAGUAUCGCAACACAGAUUUAGUCUCCAGACUGUUGGCGGCAACCCCACCUUAUCUCUACAAUAUGUCAAUGGUCCCCAAUACGUAUUUCUUCAGUGAAAUGUUGCGAUCUUUUGUGCAAGCCAAAGCGGAUCGCUCUUCAGUCCCAUUGGCACGACGAUCCAGAAAACGCAGUUGGACUCAAACAAAAACCUCAGACUCACCAACUUUGAACCAUCCAAAACUACAAAAACUCCCGAUUGAAGACACCUGGAAACCCAACACAGACACAAAUUUAAAUUACUAUGAUGAACAACAUAAACUAGCAUUAUCUACUGAUAAUAAAGAGAAAUUGUACGCGGGGAUGUUUCAACCCUCCGGAGGUCAAAUGCUACCCCCAACUAGCACUACACAUACAAACAGUACGCACGCCACUCAACCGCAAUCAAACACAGAAACCUCGUCGAGUUUAAUCCUCCCACCACCACCCCCAAUAUGGUACCCGCCUCUGUACAACACGCCACCUUAUGGUAUUGAUCCCCUGCAUUUCUUCAUUGAUCUACGUGUGUCCGGACACAUUUACGACCGGAAAAAAUCACUGGAAAAAGCUCAAGAAGAUUCAGAUGUACUUAAUAGUAAUUCAUCAGUUAAAGAUGGUUUCCUUACAAAUGGAAAGCCAAAUGUUUUUAAAUCAUCUAAACAUGCCUCAGCGUUCAGUGUCCCGAUUAAAAACCACGCUCAUCCGAUAAAUCUAAGUAAAGCCGAAGAUGUGGAACACAAACCAAUGAAAUUCGAUGUGAAAUCAUUGGGACUGGAGAGUACACACAACAAAACAGGUAUUAAUUACGUGAUGAACAAUAUCGAGCGGGUUUAUAAAGAUUUGUAUGAUUCGGGGACAAUGGAAAGGGGUGGGAUGGGGGAUGAAGAGGAGAGAAAGAAGCGCGAGCUUAAAGAGUUGAUCGGGUUGGAGUUGGCUGUUGAUUAUAUGAGUCAGAAUAAUAAGAAUGGAAUUAAAUCAUGCGCAGAGGGUGCAGGUGGUGGUUUAAGUGAAAACGAAGGGGAUGGAGGUGGUGUGGAAGUGAUUGAUGUACAGAAUGAUAAUUCAAAUUCUUAAAUAAAUUAAUAUUCAAUAACUAUCAACUAUUUAUGAACAAUAUUAAUAAUAAUAAAGGAAAGCAUUAAUUCAACUGUAAUAUUUAUUGUAAUUAGGUGCAAUAUAUGAACUGUAAAAAUAAAUAAAUAAUUAUUCAACAAUUGAAAUAUAUUUCAAAUGAAAUAAUUUUAAUAUUACAAUAGAUGAUAGUUUAGAAUUCCAAAUAUGAGAAAAACCGUUAUUACGCUUUAUUUGUUGACAUAUUCACAGCGCAAAUUACAAAUUCAAACACAAUUAUGUGCUGUUAAACGAAUAUAAUUAAAUUCGCGUGAUAUGUACAUUAUGGUUUGGAGUGUUUGUUGAUUUUGAAGCAUUGUAAACUGGAAAAUUGCUAGCCGCAUUGAUGAAAUAAGUCUGAGGACAAUAAACGCGAUAUUUUUUGAUUGUACUUAGGUACAUUGUACACUAUGUAUUACAUUGUGCACGGUGAGUAGAUUAUAAAUUAUACCCGGGACGAAAUCAACACUCAUGUACACUCAAUUUCUGACAAUUGGUGAACAAACAACGAAGGUUACGACACAAUCGAGGUAUAUAUACGUCGAAGUGGGCAAAAUGCGCACAUUCUGUUUUAUACUUUACGAAAAACAACAGCGCUAUCAAAAUGAAUAAAAUCUGUUUGACUUUGUGUGUUAUUUUCAUGUGUUUGGUUAUACUAGAUAUGGCAAGAGCUGAUAGUGUAAGUGAAAUAGCAUCUCAGGUGAAGGAAACUUUGGAGAACGCGUUUGAUAAAGCUGCGGAAAGCACCAAAGGAGCGUACAAUAAAGUUAAGGACGCAGCCAAAGAACAAUACGACAAAAUAACAUCGUAAAAUGUAAAAAUAUGUAUUCUGCAUGUCAUUUGAUUGAGGGUCAAAACAAUAAAAUUAGUACUGAAUAAUAAAAACAA